AUGGCAGCUGCAAACAUGCGCAUCUUCGUGGUGUGCGUUGCGCUGCUGUUCGGAACGGGAUAUGCCACGAAGACGAGCACCGCAGUGGCAGCAAAUCCUAUCAGGAAGGUCGUGACCAUGAUGCAGAAGAUGUCAGAGAAGAUCGAGCAAGAGGGCGAGUCUGAGAAAGAUCUGUAUGACAAGUUCAUGUGCCACUGCAAGUCUGAGCUGGAAGAUUUCAACAAGGGGAAGGCUGAGUUCGAAGCCGCCGUACCGAAGCUCGAGUCGGACAUCAGCACUGCUGAAGCACAGAUUUCGCAGCUGAGCCAGGAGAUUGAGGCGCAACGGGCCGACGAAGCGGCCACGGUGGACAGCAUGAAACGUGCUGGGGUCGAGCGUGAGAAGGAGCAUACGGUCUACGUUGAUGACGUGACAGAAUUGAAGGGUGACAUCGGUGCGAUCGAUCAAGCCAUCCCCGCGCUGAACGAGGCUACCCAGGGUGCUUUUGUUCAGACUGGCCAUCUCGCGGGUCUUUCGAAGAAGCAGGUCGACAGGCUUCAGCACGUGGUGUCGAAAAGCAAGAGCGUCACCGAGAGCGAUCGCCAGGUGCUGACUUCAUUCCUCGAGGGUAAGGUCGAGGCUCAGGGCAUCGGCGAGGUGAAAGGCAUGCUGGAAGUGCAGCGUGAGGAGAUGGCGAAGGAAGUAGUCGUCGAUGACACGGAGGAGGUUAAAGACGUCAACAUCUUCGAGGAGUUGAUGAACGCCAAGACCAACGAGAAGGAGACCAUCGAGGAGACCAUUGCGGACAAGAUCGACCGGCUCGGCAUUCUCAAGGUCUCCCUUGUCGAGCUCAAGGGCGAACUUAAGGAUGCGCAGAAUGCCCUCUCCAAGGAUUUCGAUGUGCUGCAGGGGAAGAAGCUCUCCGAGACCUGCGAUGCCAAGACUCAUGAAUGGGACGUGCGUGAGAAGACCCGCAACGAGGAGCUGGUAGCCAUUCAAGAGACCGUCAAGAUCCUGAACAGCGAUGAGAACCUCGGGCUCUUCAAGAAGGCAUUGCCGAGCCCAAGCCUUUUGCAGCUGGAGGGUUCCCAAUCCAGGAGCAAAGCGCUGGAUGCGUUGAAGACCUAUGCCAAGGGCAUGGGCUCCGAGGCGGUUCCCAACCGAACCAACAUCGACCUGGUUAUGCUGGCCUUAUCCCACAAGGGAGUCGACUUCUCUACGGUCAUGCAAAUGAUCGACAACAUGACCGCGUUGAUGGUGCAGGAGCAGUCCGAUGACGACGACAAGAAGGACUACUGCAACAAGCAGGCCUUCGAGAACAAGCGCAAGACCAAGGCACUCCGCCACAAGAUCCAGACCCUGAAGCAGGCCAUCACCACCCAGGAGGAGGCAGCAAAGGCCACCGCGGAGGACAUCAAGUCCCUGCAGGCCGGCGUGGCCUCGCUGGACAAGUCGGUCGCCGAGUCCACGGAUAUGAGGAAGAAGGAGCACGAGGAGUACCAGAAGACCGUGCAGGAGCAGGCCGCGACCAAGGAUGUCCUGCUGAUGGCCAAGAACCGCCUCUUCCAGUUCUAUCACCCGGACAUGACCACCACCCUGUCGACUACCGGCCCAUAUGACUUGGGUCUUGUGCAGGAGGCCCCUGCUUUGGUUCAGGUGGAGGCUCAUCGGAUGAAGGAGGAGCCUCCGGAGUUCGGCUCGGCCAAGACUGUCCAGGGAAACGGCGUUCUCAACAUGCUCGAAGGCCUUGUCACGGAGACCGAGAAGACGGUGGCCGAGGCCAAGUACAACGAGAAAGAGUCCCAGCAGCUCUACGAAGACAUGCUCGCCGACGCUGCUGCCAAGCGGGAGGCCGACGUCAAGGCCAUCACCUCCAAGCAGAAGGCCAAGGCCACAGCAGAGGGCGAGGUGGUGAAGAAGUCGGAGGCGACGAAGGCCGAGAAGGAAGAGCUGAAGGACGUGCAGCAGUACGGGGUGGAACUGGACGAGGAGUGCAGCUGGCUUCUCAAGAACUACGAGACCCGGAAGACGGCCCGUGAGCAGGAGAAGGAGUCCCUGCAGUCGGCCAAGGAUUUGGCGGCAACUCUUCAGAUCAAGGAUUGCGAGUUCGAGACAAGCGCAUAG